GAACAUGGUGGUGGCUUUGAAGGAACUGUCCAUCCGGGGCGACUUCAGGACCACCGUGGAGUAUCUCAUUAACCUGCUGGAGACUGAGCACUACCAGAACAAUGACAUCGACACUGGCUGGUUGGAUCACCUCAUUGCUGAGAAAGUGCAGGCUGAGAAACCAGAUAUCAUGCUCGGGGUGGUGUGCGGGGCCUUGAACGUGGCCGACUCGAUGUUCAGAACUUGCAUGACGGAUUUCUUACACUCGCUGGAAAGGGGCCAGGUCCUUCCUGCAGCUUCUCUGCUGAACAUCGUGGAUGUGGAAUUAAUUUAUGGAGGUGUUAAGUACAUCCUCAAGGUGGCCCGGCAAUCUCUGACCAUGUUCAUCCUCAUCAUGAACGACUGUCAUAUCGAGAUCGAUGCCCACCGGCUAAGCGACGGGGGGCUGCUGCUGUCCUAUAACGGUAACAGCUAUACCACCUACAUGAAAGAAGAGUUUGACAGUUACCGUAUUACCAUCGGCAACAAGACUUGCGUGUUUGAGAAGGAGAAUGAUCCCACGGUCCUGAGGGCCCCUUCGGCUGGGAAGCUAAUACAGUACACGGUGGAGGACGGGGGCCAUGUUGAGGCCGGGAGCAGCUAUGCCGACAUGGAGGUAAUGAAGAUGAUCAUGACCCUGAGCGUGCAGGAGAGUGGCCAGAUCAAAUACAUUGAGCACCCGGGGGCCACGCUGGAAGCAGGCUGUGUGGUGGCCAGGCUGGAGCUCGACGACCCUUCCAAAGUGCACCCGGCCAAGCCAUUCACAGGAAAGCUCCCUUCCCAGCAAACUCUACCCAUCAUGGGAGAGAAACUGCACCAGGUUUUCCACAAUGUCCUGGAAAACCUGACCAACGUCAUGAGUGGCUACUGUCUGCCGGAGCCUAUUUUUAGCACAAAGCUGAAGGAGUGGGUGCAGAAGCUCAUGAUGACCCUCCGGCACCCGUCACUGCCGCUCUUGGAACUGCAGGAAAUCAUGACCAGCGUGUCUGGCCGCAUCCCUGCCCCCGUGGAGAAGUCUGUCCGCAGGGUGAUGGCUCAGUACGCCAGCAACAUCACCUCAGUGCUGUGCCAGUUCCCCAGCCAACAGAUAGCCACCAUCCUAGACUGCCACGCAGCCACCCUGCAGCGGAAGGGUGAACGGGAGGUCUUCUUCAUGAACACUCAGAGCAUCGUGCAGCUGGUCCAGAGAUACCGCAGUGGGACCCGAGGCUACAUGAAGGCGGUGGUGUUGGACCUCCUGCGGAGAUAUUUACGGGUGGAGCACCAUUUCCAGCAAGCUCACUACGACAAGUGUGUGAUCAACCUCAGGGAGCGGCUGAAGCCAGACAUGUCCCAGGUGCUGGACUGCAUCUUUUCCCACGCACAGGUGGCCAAGAAGAACCAGCUGGUGAUCAUGUUGAUCGAUGAGCUCUGUGGUCCAGACCCUUCCCUGUCGGAAGAGCUGACCUCCAUCCUCAACGAGCUCACUCAGCUGAGCAAGAGUGAGCAUUGCAAAGUGGCCCUCAGAGCCAGACAGGUCCUGAUCGCCUCCCACCUCCCAUCCUACGAGCUGAGGCACAACCAGGUGGAGUCCAUUUUCCUGUCUGCCAUCGACAUGUAUGGCCACCAGUUCUGCCCAGAAAACCUCAAGAAACUAAUACUCUCCGAAACGACCAUAUUUGAUGUCCUGCCCACUUUCUUCUACCAUGCUAAUAAAGUCGUUUGCAUGGCAUCCUUGGAGGUUUAUGUGCGACGGGGCUACAUUGCCUAUGAGUUAAACAGUUUGCAGCACCGGGAACUCCCAGAUGGCACCUGCGUGGUGGAGUUCCGGUUCAUGUUGCCCUCCUCCCACCCAAACAGGAUGGCCGUGCCCAUCAGCGUCACCAACCCCGAUCUGCUGAGGCACAGCACCGAGCUUUUCAUGGACAGCGGCUUCUCCCCACUGUGCCAGCGGAUGGGGGCCAUGGUCGCCUUCAGGAGAUUUGAGGACUUCGUAAGGAAUUUUGAUGAAGUCAUCUCCUGCUUUGCCAAUGUGCCCCAGGAAGCCCCCCUCUUCAGCAAGGCCUGCACUUCCCUGUACUGUGAGGAAGACAACAAGAACCUCAGAGAAGAGCCAAUCCACAUCCUGAACGUGGCCAUCCAGCAUGCGGACCACCUGGAAGAUGAGGAGCUGGUGCCGAUUUUCCGGACGUUUGUACGGUCCAAGAAAAACAUCCUUGUGGAUUAUGGACUCCGAAGAAUCACAUUCCUGAUUGCCCAAGAGAAAGAAUUUCCCAAGUUUUUCACGUUUAGAGCAAGAGACGAGUUUGCAGAAGAUCGCAUUUACCGUCACCUGGAGCCCGCCCUGGCCUACCAGCUGGAGCUCAGUCGGAUGCGCAGCUUCGAUCUGACCGCGGUGCCCUGCGCCAACCACAAGAUGCACCUGUACCUGGGCGCUGCCAAAGUGAAAGAAGGGGCAGAAGUGACAGACUACAGGUUCUUCAUCCGGGCCAUCAUCAGGCACUCGGACCUCAUUACAAAGGAAGCCUCCUUUGAGUACCUGCAGAAUGAGGGUGAGCGUCUGCUCCUGGAGGCCAUGGACGAGCUGGAGGUGGCGUUCAACAACACCAACGUGCGCACCGACUGCAACCACAUCUUCCUGAACUUCGUGCCCACCGUCAUCAUGGACCCCUCCAAGAUCGAGGAGUCCGUGCGUUCCAUGGUUAUGCGCUAUGGCAGUCGGCUGUGGAAACUCCGUGUGCUGCAGGCUGAGGUCAAGAUCAACAUCCGCCAGACCACCACUGGCAAUGCUGUUCCCAUCCGCCUGUUCAUCACCAAUGAGUCGGGCUACUACCUGGACAUCAGCCUCUACAAAGAAGUCACUGACCCCAGAUCUGGAAAUAUCAUGUUUCACUCCUUUGGUGACAAACAGGGACCCCAGCACGGGAUGCUGAUCAACACUCCCUAUGUCACCAAGGAUCUGCUUCAGGCCAAGCGAUUCCAGGCCCAGUCCCUGGGCACCACCUACGUCUAUGACUUCCCAGAGAUGUUCAGGCAGGCAAGUCCUACAGCUUUGCUAUACCAUCCCGGGUGCCCUUAGGGAGUCCACCAGCCCCCCAGCCCCUAUCCUUAGUUACUCUUCUGAAGACCCCAAGUUGGAAGAAUGAGGUCUACUUGGAGAAAAAGAAAUCAAUAUUGGAAUUGCCUUCCUAAUAUUUUUCCUAAAAUGAACCCAUUUUCUUCCCAAUGAUUAAAAGUAAUAUAACAUGGAAACU